GAGCGCGGCGGGAGCGCGGCGUGAGGACCGGGGGGAACCGGGAGCAACCGGGAGGGUCCCGGAGGGGUCCCGGAGGGGUCCCGGAGGGGUCGAGCCGCCCCCGGCGCGUCCCGCAGCGGGUCGGGGCCGCUCCGAGGCGGCUCCCGGGACCGACCCCGGCGUCGUUCCCGUUCCCGGGGCCGUUCCCGGUUCCCGGCUCCGGUGCGGCUGCCAUGGGCCGCCGCAAGUCGAAGCGGAAGCCGCCGCCCAAGAAGAAGAUGACGGGGACGCUCGAGACGCAGUUCACGUGUCCGUUCUGCAACCACGAGAAGUCCUGCGACGUCAAAAUGGACCGCGCCCGGAACACCGGGGUGAUCUCGUGCACCGUGUGCCUGGAGGAGUUCCAGACCCCCAUCACCUACCUGUCGGAGCCCGUGGACGUUUACAGCGACUGGAUCGACGCCUGCGAAGCCGCCAACCAGUGACACCCGGCGGGGGGGGGGCGGGACACUGCCCUGUCCCCAAACCCCCGAGGGUGACACCCCCAGGGCCCGGUGGCACCCCCAGGACCCGGUGGGACGGUGCCAUCCCCCCCCCCCCAGGACCUGAGGCUCGUCCUUGUCCCCAGGGGCCGCGGGGGCCUUGGGGGGGGGUGACGCAUUUCGGGAGCGCUGUCCCGGAAUAAACCCCCCGAGCUGGUGUCGCUGUCA